GGGUGUGCCAAGGGCUCUGGGUUCCUCCCCACACUCUGCUCCGCUGAUGCCCACAGUCACGCUUGGAUCCAGACUCGGGACCAUCUGCCAGAUUUGACAACUCUCAAGAAUGAGAUGGAUUCGCCCGAGAAACUGGAUAAGAACAGCUUAGUGGGCAUCAACAAAAACCGGCUUGGUGUGUGUGGCUGGAUUCUGUUUUCCCUUUCCUUGCUGUUGAUGCUCAUAACCUUCCCCAUCUCCAUAUGGAUAUGCUUGAAGAUCAUUAAGGAGUAUGAACGUGCUGUUGUCUUCCGACUGGGACGCAUCCAAGCUGAUAAAGUCAAGGGACCAGGCUUGAUCCUGGUCCUGCCCUGCAUUGACGUUUUUGUCAAAGUUGAUCUCCGAACAGUUACUUGCAACAUUCCUCCACAAGAGAUCCUCACCAGAGACUCUGUGACCACCCAAGUGGAUGGAGUCGUCUAUUACAGAAUCUACAGCGCUGUGUCAGCAGUGGCCAAUGUAAAUGAUGUUCACCAAGCCACAUUUCUGCUGGCUCAGACCACUCUGAGAAAUGUCUUAGGGACACAGACCUUGUCCCAGAUCUUAUCUGGUCGAGAAGAGAUCGCCCACAGCAUCCAGACCUUGCUUGAUGAUGCCACUGAGCUAUGGGGGAUCCGCGUGGCCAGGGUGGAAAUCAAAGACGUCCGGAUUCCCGUGCAGCUGCAGAGGUCCAUGGCGGCAGAGGCUGAGGCCACCCGGGAAGCCAGAGCCAGGGUCCUUGCAGCCGAGGGAGAAAUGAACGCUUCUAAGUCCCUGAAGUCGGCUUCCAUGGUGCUGUCCGAGUCCCCCAUUGCCCUCCAGCUGCGUUACCUACAGACCUUGACCACCGUGGCCACUGAGAAGAAUUCUACCAUCGUGUUUCCCCUGCCUAUGAACAUACUUGAGGGCAUUGGCGGCAUCAGCUAUGACAAUAAGAAGGCCCACGCUAAGGCUUGAGGUCUUCCAAGCGACUGCUCACCGCUUAGAAAGGCCUCUCUGUGCCUAGAGAAGUCAGCCAUUAGAAAAGCGAGAGAGGCCACCAUGCAGUUACAGUAACUCCUCCACAACCUGCAGAAUCCCCAGGGGGAAGCAUAGCACCUACACAAACACAAACCAAAACAAAACCGAGAGCCGUGCAGUACAUUUGUUUUUAAGGCAUAACCAAUAUUCUUCUGUAACUAGUAGUUGCCCCUGACAAUCAUCAGGGGCUUUUUCUCAGAAGGGCAGAGACUACGGGUGACUUUGAUAAAAUUCCAGGUUUAAGCUGUGUUGGAGAAGGACCCUAGGUCUUUUGUAAAGGAAAGCAGAGACUGCCACUUUGCUAUGUAUUUGAUCUACUCUUCCAAUAAAGCUACUUGCUGUAGUUCAAGUAGAUAUAAGGAACCCCCCAAGACUGAAAAUUAUGAUCAAUUUGAAUGUAGAAAACAAAGUUCAGCUGCAAUGUAGCAGCAACAGCACAGGCACAGGGCCAGGUACCAGCUGAGGCCUGGCUCUCUGGACCCCUGCAUGUCCCGUUAAGGUAUAGACCAUUCUCAGCAUCAUACACAUUAGCAGGAGCAGAGAAACAGCAAAGCAGAAACGGGGUGAUUUUCCUACUAGUCAGAACACGGUAACCACUGGGGAGGUCGUUCUGUGAAUUGCAUGUUUUCACUCUGCAAGUCCCUGGAGCCAUAGUGAUUAAAAGCUGUUUGUAAUCUCUUCCCAACUCAAACAACUGUUGCAAAUAAAAAAGUCGUAGAAAGUGAA